CUGAAAUAGCAUAGCACGUUUUCCUCCCAUUCCAUCCAGGGUCUUCGUCCCCAUUCCAGAACCCAGGCAGACCCACCGAAGCAAGCAAGCACCACCACCAUGGCGGCGGCAGCGGCAGCGAAGCGGCCCUGCCACAUCCACAUCCCGCCGCUGGAGCUCGUCAGGGAGCAGAUCCUCCCCCGCCUCCCGCCCCGCGAACCAGCGUGCCUCCUCCGCGCCUCCCUCGUCUGCAAGACCUGGGCCGCCGCCAUCUCCGACCCCGCCUUCCGCAGCCGCCUCCACCAGCUCCACGCCACGCCCCCCGUGCUCGGCUUCCUCCACAACUGGGACGACGGCGACGGCGUUCCCCGCUUCAUCCGCACCACCGACUCGCCCUUCGCCCUCGCCGCCGUCCCGGACUGCCGCUCCUGGCGGGCCCUCGACUUCCGCCACGGCCGCGCCCUCUUCCUCUCCAAGGCCCCGGCUACUUGGGAGCUCCAAAUCUGGGAGCCAACCACCCGUUCCAGCCAGCUCCUACGGGUGCCCGAGGCGUUCGAGACCGGCCACGGGACCCAGAAGAUGGCCCCGACAGCCGCCGUGCUCUGCGCAGUGGAUGGGUGCGACCACCGCGACUGCCGCGGGGGCCCCUUCCGCCUGGUCUUCGUCUUCUCCGUCGCCGCCGACGACGGGUAUGCCACGUCAGCGUACGUCUACUCGUCCGAGACCGGCACCUGGGGCGCGCCGGCUUCGAUGCAGCGCACGUUCUCCAUGGAUUUCACACUCUAUUCCAGUGUGCUCGUUGGGAGCUCUAAGCUCUACUUCAUGUCUGACCAUGUGUUGAUCCUGGGGUAUGACUUGGCAAGGCACAACCUGACCCUGCUUCGCCCACCACACUUCCUGUCGACGGACGUGGGGAUAUUCAACAUCAUGCCGGCGGAGGCCGGUGGAAUGGGACUGGGAGUUUGCCAAUAUCUGCAUCCCAACCUCAAACUGUGGACGAGGAACACGAGUGAAGGCACUGAUGCAAAGUGGGUGAUGAGCCGGGUCAUCAACCUGGGCAGAUCGCUCCCAGUUGGUAAUCUCCUGGAUAAAGAUGGUAAAGUGCAGGUGAUGAGCUUUGCUGACGGAGCAAAUGCCGUCUUCUUUAACACGGUCACUGGCAUCUUCAUAGCCGGGCUGCAGUCACAGAAGGUGAGGAAGGUGUGCGUUAAGCGCGGCUUCUGUAAUUUGAUUCCAGUUGUUGGCUUCUACAUUCCUGUGCACGGAGGCAACCACCAGGAUCCGUCGGCGUCGGGCCCUAGUGAGGAGUCGGGUAGCGAAGAGGAGGAGAAAACAGUGGAUCAGGCGCAGCAGCUGCUCGACAAGGGGUCCAAUGCUAUUAAGGAGGGAGGCUUGGUCAACACCUCCGAUAGCGUCAGCUACGACACUGAGAUCAGGGUUCCUGGUAAUGGAGAAGUUGCUCUAGAGUCUGCUAACAUUGAAUACAAACAUGGAGGUGUCUUGCCAUCUGAUGCUCAAGAGGUGACCGAUCCUUUCGGUGAUGUUCCCAACAGUGCACUAAAUGAAGAAUUGGUGAAGAGUACAUCUACAACCAGCACCUCUAGCAGCAAUAUUGAGGAUGAUGCUCCACCUUCAGAGAAAGGUGAUUCUGACGAAGUGCCGCUUUGCUAAGCUGAUGGUCAGGGGCAUGUUUUAUCAGUCAUCGGCGCCUUCAGUAGGAUCUCUUUCUUCUCUACAGUUGCAAGACAUAAGUGUUAGCUCCCCCUUUUCAUGGUAUGUAGUUUAGGGUCCAUUUUGAACUCUGAUGCAAGGCACCAAAAGUUGAGGCUUUGACGCGUCAAAGAAGUGAAUGCUGGUCAAGAUUUUGUCUCAAGAUAACAAUGUCACAACUGGAAUGCUAUGAUGCAAACCUGCUUAGUACUGAUACGAUUUAGACUCUUGUCUUUGCAAGUUGUUGAUUCUUUGCGAAAAAAAUAAUCUUCUGAAAAAAUAGGAUUUAUCAGUUGCAAGAGAGCAACAAUGUUUUUCCCCCUCUCCUGCUCUGUAAGAAUCCGUUUCCUACUUUUUUGGCAGUUCUCUGUUUGUGUUUGAGACAUGUUUGCAAGGGUUUCGUAGCAACUACAUCCUGGAUGUGAGAGGCGGCAUAUUCGAGGAUGCCAUUGAAUCGUUACUGCAGCCAGCGAUCGCUGGCGGCAAUGAGAGGAGAGUUAUUUCAUAGUGAGGUUGUUCUAGUGUUGCUGGUUCUCUCUUUGAGAAAUAUUUGCAAAGAAUUCAUCUCAUGGUCUCAUGCACAGUAGUUAGUUCUAAAAUGCAGGCUACUUUGAAGAUGAGUUCUGUUUUCCCAAAUCAAUGUUCCAGUAAUUGGUACAUCAACAUUAGCUGCUUCGAUGAAUUUUCCUCUGUCCUACAGUUAUAGACUUAGUGAGUUAGUGUCAUGCAUCAGGAAGCUACUCUGUUUUCCCCUGUUUCUCUCAGCAGGGUAAUCUUAAGCAGAUUCUUACAGCACAGUAGUACAAUAUGUUACGAACGAGCUCAUAUCUCUAACAUGGUCAUAUCUUCUGCAACAUGAACAUUAUUUGCUACAGUAAGUUUUGUACAGUACGGUCAUAGACUUCCAAUGUCGUGAACGCAGGCUAUUCUGAUUUCGCCUUGUUCUCUCAGCCAGAACAUAGAUGCGAAAACAAUAUAUUUCACAGAUUAUUGAAGAGUAAUGUUACAAACAAGCUCAGAUCUCUAACAUGGUCAGAUUGAAGCUACAUGCGCAACAGUUGUGACAUAGAUGAAGGUGAAGACGGCCUGACUCGCUCCAGCUCCAGAUCAUCUCAGGUGAGAAGGUUGGACAACGCAAGCCAUAGAUGACCUUGUCAGGUUCUCUGUGUGACAAAUGUUUGGAAGGAUUCCAGUUCACAAUAACUAAAUAGAUGCAGGUCAUUUGGUGAAAGAUGUGUUUGAAGACAAGUAUCUACUCUCCCAAACCAGCACUCCUAAUUAGUACUAGUGUACCACUCUUCUACAAUGCUCGGAGAAUUUUUUUUUCUUUAGAAAGGACAUAAACAUUGUAUCCAAACACAUAUUUUAUCUAUUUUUUUUCUGUUUAGAAA